AUGACCGAGGCAUGCUGGAAAUUCCGCUGGGACCCUCUUUAUACGCACCAUUGGCCGACAACGAAAGCCUUGGAAAGAGUGCUGCACGCUAUGGAGAUGCGGAUGUUGAGGUGGACGAUAGGUAUAACGCUAAAAGAGAAAGUAUCCAACGACACUGUGCGCUCCAUCUUCAGUGUCGUCCUGAUAACUGAGAAGAUGAAGGAGGCGCGACUGAGAUGGUUUGGUCACGUCUUGCGGCGGGAGGAAGAUUCUGUUGCCAAAACCGCUCUGAAGCUCGACGUUUCAGGAGUGAGGUCGCGCGGGAGGCCAAAGAUUCGCUGGUUAGACCGUGUGAAGCUGGAUAUGAUAGAUGUACGUUUGUGUACGGCUGAUGCAAUGGAUAGAACCAAAUGGAAGACAAGAAGCAGAAAAGCGGACCCUGCAACAACGCGGGACAAACGCUAG